AUGUCUGGAUUUCGCCACCGCCGCCAUCGGAUGGCCAACCCGCCCCGAAAUGGCCGUGCGUUAUGGGGCGCACUCAAGAGGAACUUACCAGCAUAUGUUGGACGACGAAGACGCCACGCACGACGACUACUGAAACCUCGUUAUUUUAUCGACCCGGAAGCUCCAGCCAAGAGGAUGUGGGACUUGCUGCUCACUUUUCUCGUGCUGUACACCACACUGGUGGUGCCAUUUCGCGUGUGCUUCCAGGUCGAAGCAGUAGACGGCUUUGCAGUCAUCGAAGCGAUGAUGGACGUAGCGUUCUUCGUCGACAUCGUCUUUAACUUCAUCACCGGUCUCCAAUUACCGUCCGGAGAAGUUGCCUACAGCUUCAAAAUUAUCGUCAAGGCGUAUCUGCGUGGCUGGUUCACUGUUGACUUCUUCUCGACGCUCCCGUUCGAGUCGCUUGCCAAGCUGUUCGGGGUUGGGAACAACGCACAUGCUGCGCUUCUAUCGGCAAAGCUACUGCGUGGUCUUAAAGUACUUCGAUUGUUCAAGCUCGCACGGAUACGCCGACUGGGCAAAGUGUUCGCUAACCUCGAAGACGCAGUCUACACGAACCAGAGUCUCAUUUCGCUCGCCAAACUAGCUCUCACUAUGCUCUUCAUCGCCCAUCUCGUGGCUUGUUUGUGGUACGCUGUGGGGAGAACCGACUCGGGCGAAUCCUGGCUGAUCAGUAUUUCGCUUGACCCAGCGGGUGUUGUGACUGAUACCGACUCGCUGCAGUAUGUCAGGUCCAUGUAUUGGGCUAUCGUCACUAUGACGACGAUCGGAUAUGGAGAUAUUGUGGCACAUAGCAACAAUGAAAGAUUGCUGAAUAUCGCUGUCAUGGCGGUGGGGGUGUCCUUCUUUGGGUAUGUUAUUGGCACAAUCUCGACCUUGGUGACGAACUUGGACGUAGCUGCUGCUCGGUAUGAUGAACGGAUGACGGUUGUCAAGGAAUAUAUCAUCUCACGUCGCAUGCCCAAGUACAUUGGCAACAAGAUCCGCCACCAUUUCGAGUAUUUCUACCAGAAUCGCUCAGUUUUUAAGGAGCGUCGGAUUCUUAAACGACUCCCGUCUGCGCUUCGGAAUGAAAUGAUCCACCACGUGCACUCCAAAAUCGUUUCGAGUAUCAAAUACUUUGUUCACUGUCCUGAGAGUUUAAUUAGCGACAUCGUCAUGGCCAUGCGUCCGUUUGCUGUGCUUAAGGACGAGUAUAUUUACGUCGAGCACGAGAUCGCGGCGCAUGUAUUUUUCAUCAUAAAGGGCAAGGUCCAGCUGGUCAAGACAGUCAGACGCGGCAAGGAAGACACCCGUCUUGCCACUCUGAGUGUGGGCGAUCACUUUGGCGAGCUCGAAGUGUACGACCAUGACCAUGGCAACGGAGUGCGUAUCUGUUCAGCUGUGGCAAAGUCCUAUAGUGAGCUCACUUUUCUCUCUCGGGAAGCUAUUCAGAAGAUCAGUGUCAGCUGGCCCGAAGUUAUUAAACAUUUCCGUGAAACUGCAGCGACGAUCGCCAGCAGCAUGUGGCGACGUGUGGAUCCUUCAGUGUUCGACACAUCCCUCAAGCCCGUCCCGCUCGUUCCUGUGUACCACAAAAGUGUCGAUAUCACGGAUGUGGUGGCCAAGACUUCGAUCAUGAACAGCAAAGUUCGACCCGCUCGCAUCGCCCCCUUGAUGCCUUCGAAUGUAAUCGACACGUCGUUGUCAAGACCCCAGACAAUACUGGAAGAGAGUGGCGAAAGUGGAGAUCAGCACAACCAUGCGUGGCUUGCCUCUCCUGAACCAUGCGACCCGCCUUCGAUCCACGCUGUACAUCCGCUUACAAGGCCGUUUACCUCAAUCGCCCAAGGUCGUAAAGCCACACUAGAGGCACUUCCUGGCUCUCCGUCGACUAGAUCAAACAUCAGAGCUAAGGGAGUGACGUUCGAUAGAUUAGACGCUUUGGAUCCCAACGACGACCAAACUGAAGACCAAGAUCACGACUCUGAGCACUGCGAGGAAGGCCCCCAACCGGAUGAUACUCCACAUGAGGGACGCGCAUCCCUGGCUGGAGCGAGUAACGAGAGCGAGCUCCACGAUAUGAUUGUCAAGAUCCGAGACUCGCCACAUGAACCUACCAAACGGAAUCUCAAGUCGGAGCGUGUGAUGCUUAGAGGAACCUACUUGUUUCAUCCGCAAGAGCCCUCAAUCGUGUUUUGGCAGUUCUUUGUCGGCAUCGGCAUUGUGUAUUCGAUCAUCGUCGUGCCGUUUCGAUUGGGGUAUGACGUCGACGCCGUCGGUGGUUGGUAUGUGCUUGAGAUGAUCAUCGAUGGCUUCUUUCUCGUGGACAUACUACUGAAUUUCCGUACCGCCUACUUUGAUGACGAACGAAAACUCAUUUACGACCCUCGCACCCUUUUUUGGAGAUACGCUAAAGGUUGGUUCCUUCUCGAUCUCAUCUCCACUGUUCCUAUCGACGAGCUAUUCCAAGCUGUGGUGGGUACUUCUAACCAGACAGUCCGGCUGUUCCCUACAAAGCUCCUGAGACUCUUUCGAAUCGCUCGACUACUCAAACUCACUCGGUUAAUUAAGCUCAGUCGUGUCUUUGGUCGUAUUCGAGAUACCGUUCAGUUGAGUCCAUCGACAGAACGGCUUUUUAAAUUAUUGGCAAUCAUGUCGAUCUUUUGUCAUUGGAGCGCGUGUAUGUUUCACAGCGUCAUGAUGAUUAGCGAGUCUGCGGGUUAUCACAGUUGGUGCGUCGACGCUUUCUUCCCGAACGAACCUCAACUUAUCGAGUGCGUCGAGCUGGUUCCUGUUGGUGAUCGAUACAUCGCAGCUCUCUACUGGGCGUUCACCACACUUACAACCGUGGGUUAUGGAGAUGUCAAGCCCAGUCUCCAUUCGCCGUAUGAAUUGGUCGUGGUGAUCAUCCUCGUGGUGGUAAAUGCCACUGUUUUUGGUUACAUUAUCUCGUCGGUGAUGACACUUAUCCAGAAUUUAGACCCAAGUGACCGUGAGUACCGAUUGCUGAUGACCGAGAUGAAAGAUUACCUGCGAGAUUCUUCAGUUAGCGAGCGUCUGUGUACCAACGUCAAGAUGCACUACCAACACCACAUUGCGUGCACGAGUCUCUUCCCCGAGCAAAAGUUAUUCGACAAGAUGGCUCCGAGUUUGCGCUUUGAUGUUGCUCGUCUUGUUGCCGUGGAGAAUUUAUUUUCAAUCCCGCUGGUCACGGUCAUGGAGGACUCGUUCAAAGGCUUCGUGUCGUACGCACUCUUCCUCAUGAAGCCCGUUUGCAUUCAGCGAGGCGAGACAGUGUGUCGUUGCGGCAGUCCAGGCACCGAGACGUUCUUUCUCGUCGAGGGCGAGUGUGAUCUCUUCAACUCCAAGACAAAUGUUGGUCGUAUUAUCAGAGAGAACUCGGUCUUCGAGCAGUACGCCUUGAUGGCGCAACACCAAGAGCUCUAUCGAACGGUCUCGACUGCGACGGCUCUUACGGGCAAGUGCAUCCUGUACUCGCUCACUCUACAGGACUUCAAGGCUCUGGAAAACGUCUCACCAGCAGUAAGCACGUACUUUGUGAGUCAGCUGGCGUCCGUACUAGUCGCCGACGAGAUGUACUCGCUACUGCCACACCAAAAGACCAACGUUCAGCUCGCAUUGCUGCGUGGUCAAAACUUCCGAUCCGUGGCAGAGCAGACUCGCGGCAGAGUGAAGCUCAAGGAUCUCGGUCGAGUGGCCAUGGCGAAUCUCUACAAGCGACGAGGUAGCGAGAGCGAGCGAGUGGGGCUACAGUGGCAAGUGCUGUGA